UGGGUUGCCUGUGGUUUGCGCGGUUCAACCAAACCAACCAAGAUGGCGGACAAGCGGGCAAGGAUGUGGCAUGCCGGUCUGUGAAAUAGCUUAGUUAAUGAAAUCAUCAAAUUUGUUCCGAUCGUUUGACUAACAAAAAACGAACAUGGGGCUGUUAACCAUACUCAAGAAAAUGAAACAGAAAGAAAAGGAAGUUCGAAUUCUCAUGCUUGGUUUAGAUAAUGCUGGUAAGACAACUAUUUUAAAGAAAUUCAAUGGGGAAGAUAUCAACACAAUCGAGCCAACACUAGGAUUCAAUAUCAAGACUUUGGAACACAGAGAUUUUAAGUUGAAUAUCUGGGAUGUUGGAGGGCAAAGAUCCCUGCGGUCAUACUGGAGAAAUUACUUUGAGAGCACAGAUGGCCUGAUAUGGGUGGUUGAUAGCGCUGACCAAAGAAGACUAGCUGACUGUAAGACGGAGCUGCAGGGACUCUUAGUGGAGGAGAGACUAGCAGGAGCAACACUGCUGGUAUUUGCAAACAAACAAGACCUACCUGGAGCACUGUCUGCAGAACAAAUCAAACAGGCUUUGGACCUUGACUCAAUCAAAAGCCACCACUGGCAAAUUCAGUGGUGCAGUGCAGUUACAGGAGAGAAACUCCUAGAUGGAAUUGAUUGGAUCAUAUCAGAUAUUGCAUCAAGGAUUUUUACAAUGGACUAAGGUCAUAUGACACAAAAUGACCCAACAUAUUCAAAUAUAUUCACCAUUGUGUUAAUUUUAUGGCUGAUUAGUUCAAGCACCUUAUUUAAUGCAUUCCAAGAACGCCAAGAGGCAUAGCUAAGCCUAACAACAACAUGGGCUUGGAUUGUUAUACUGUAUUGUUAUAUUAAAAAAAACAGUUUACAAACUUAACUAUUUUAUUAUUCUAAGGGUGAUAUAAAUAUGACACAUUGUUUUGAUACACAUAAUUACGCAUCAAAUGUGUAAGUUAGUUUAAAGCUAUUAGUGACAUAAUUACGCAUUGAUUCAAGUUUGUUUACCAAGGAAUGACACAAAAAGACAUUAGUUCAAUGGUAUUCACUGAGUAGUGACAUUUACACAUUAGUUCACGGAGCGACAUAAUUAGACAUUAGUUCAAUGGUAUUUACAAUGGAUUGACAAAAUUACACAUUGGUUCAAUGGUAUAUACUUAUCUUUACAUUAUAUUACACUGUGCUUCAAUGAUCUUGAAAAAGUGUCAUGGUAUCCCUGGAAUACCUAGUCAGAACACCAAGUGUAUGCUUUAUUAUAUUAUUAGAAACAAUAUUACUAUUGUAGAUAGCACGCGUAGCAAGCCCAAAGGGUUGGUGAAGAAGAGUGACUCCACAACAUGGGAAAACUAUGGGAAAUGUGUUAAUGAAACGUGAUCUUACGCACUGGCUGAUUUUGAGUUAGCUACGCACAUGCUUUUAUUUGAAAAACUUGAGUAAAACUGCAUGCGCACAGCAAACUUGCACAACUAAGGGGCAUAUGGUUCACUCCUUUUUUUCUCCCUGACACGCAGGGUCUUUCCUAAUCUUCCCUCAGCCCUCUAGGCUUGCUAUGCAGGUAGAUGUAAAAAUGAAAACAACCCAAAGUCAACCGGUAACUGUCCUAUCUGCAUGUUAUCUUAACAGAGAUUAACUGUUAUUGCAAAAUAUCCGUAAAAACAUUGUUCUGCUAAUAUUUAAAAUUACCCUAUGUACUAAAUAAAGCCAAAAAACGAAAAUAACGUAA